AUGGUUAAGCCUGUCUUCGUAAUAGCUACCAACGUGGCUAAUAUGACUGUACUUAACAUCUAUAAGCUCCCAAAUGAAAAAUGGCCCUUGCCAACCCUUCUACCAUCUCAACACCCCACAGUACUCGCUGGUGAUUUCAAUAGCCACCACACCAGAUGGGGGUAUGAUUAAAACGACGAAAACGGGGAGGUUUUAAGCGAAUGGAUUGAAACUGAAAACAUACAACUGAUAUUCAACGGAAAAGAUGGACAUACUUUCCACUCAGGAAGAUGGAAUCGAGGGUAUAACCCGGACCUUUGUAUUGUUUCUAAAGAUCAUAAUUGUGUAUCACUUCAACCCCACAAUCUGUCCUAAAUAAUUUCCAAAAAAGCCAACAUAGACCAGUAUGCAUACAAAUUGGUAUCAGGAUUCCACUAAUAAAAACAAUACAUAAAUUGAGAUGGAACUUUAGGAAAGCUAAUUGGACUGCCUUCUCAAAAUCUCUAGAAGAUAACAUCAGGCCGAUAGACCCAACGGUGAACAACUAUGAACGUUUUAUUGACAUGGUCAAGGGAACAGCAAAACACUAUAUCCCCUGAGGCUACAGACACAAAUAUAUCCCCUGCUGGAAUGAGGAAAGUGACAGACUAUAUGCAGAAUACGAAAGAAAGAACUUUACCUGGAACAAACCCAGAGAGCUAUUUUAAAACGCAACAUCACAGAUAAUUAUGUUCAAAACAAAUUGACUCAGGACCAUCAACUGGGGUUGAAUUUACAAUAUAUUUAUUUUAUCGAAGAGAAUUUAAGUCAGUUCUCGAUAUACUGAUCACAUUAACAAAUAGCAUCUUAAAACAAUGUAUUUAUUCUGUUCAGCCAUUAUUUUCACAACCUUUAAACAAAUCAAAUAUUACUUUUAAACAUUACAAAUUUACUUUCUUUAUUUCCACCAUAUAGUACAGAUUCCAAAUAUUUCAACAUAAAAGAUCUAGAUUUAGUUUAGAUUCAACUAGAGAUAUUAUUUAACAUAUUACAAGAUGAUUCAAAAUUUGUUUAAAUCUUAAAUGAAAAUGUCUGAAGAAGUCAAACAUAUUUUACCAUGCGCUAAUUUAUUAUGUCGUCAGGCUUUAACUUCUCCAGUAGUAAUAUUAGGAAUAGAAAAAGAUAUUGUGGACCAAUAAGACAUUAAUGAAUUAGCAGAAUAGGCGUCAAAAUUAAAAGAACGCAGAAUAGAAAUUUGACUGUUCAUUUUUUUUUAAAGUUCAAUUUUUAAUAAAGAAAAACUUAUUCUAUGUCUUAUAAUAUAUAUUUUUAUACAUAUUUAAUAUAAAAUAUUUGUAUUUGAAUACCUGGCCAUCAAAAUUAUAUUGUAUAUAUCUUGUUUUAUAAUAAAAUCUUUGGUUAAAAUGUAGAUUUAUUAUAUUGUACUAUAUACUAUGUAAUAAUAUAUAAAAUCAACAAGAUUAAAAAUAAUAUUUUGGUAUCUUUAAUGCUUUUUUAUUUGCUACCAAAGUGAAUAAUAACUGUUUUUGAUAUUUAUAAAACUAAAAAUAUGUGUGUUAUAAACAAUAUGAAUAAAAAUUAUAAAAUGAAGUAUAUUAUAACAUAAUAAUAAUGGUUAAGUUAUCAGUCAAGCGAAGUGAGAAAAUUUGUAUGACUCUAUGUAUGAGUUGGCAAUUAGUCUACACGCUCCCAUAGUUUUUUUUUUUGUAACGGCCCUGAUAAUACUAAGUAUUAUAUGAAAUACAUACCUGAGGUAUAAUUCUUUUAGCUGUAGCUUCAUCAUUUACAUAAUAUAGUUCAGUUUCUUGUUCUCUUGAAGUAGACAGUUGAAGACUGGCUCUUGGAUUCAGAAAAAAAAAAAAAGAAAGUCAAAAUAUCGAAAAACAACUGCUAUAUUUUCUCUUCCCCUUUCUUAUCUGAACUUACCUGCAGUUAGAAUAUCCAUUUUUUAAUUUCUCGCAAUAAUAUAUGAGUUAUCCUUUCACGAAAAUUUGUACACACAAUAUGUUUAAAUUAUAUUAUAGAAUUGUACAAUAUAUUUACACACGUAAUAUGAUUUCAUUAUCAAUACUGCAGCGUCAUCGGCGUCUCUUAAACACAAAAUCAGUGCUACCAAACCCAUCAGAAAUAAAACUUUAAAAGUACCUACAUUGUAUAAUACGGAAAAAUAAAUUAUUAAAACUAUCGAUAAACGCCAAAUACAUUUAUUUUCAGUUUACUGCACCUACAAAUAUAUAUAAAAACUAGAUAGCCGGAUCUCUAUACAACAAUGUGUACAAUUCAUGAUGCCCAGCGGUAAGCGCUAAUUGUCACUUGGGCAAUGUUUUCAAAUUCUUAUCAUUUUUUUCUUACAAAAAAACAGUAUCCAGUAAUGAGGUGUGGAGCGAGGAAGCUUAUAGUUUUAUAAAGAUGUUUAUUUUUAUUUUUUUUUAUCUGUACAAAAUUUUUCUACCAAAAGACUUGCUCGGAGUUUUACGUAUAGUAACUUUUCUGAAAAGAAAUCGGUGUGAGGAGGUACGUUAAGGAGGUUAUUUUUCGAUUUUCUCAGUUUUCUCAUCAAAUUUAAAAAACCGAAAAAAUGGGAAAAACGUAGAAAAAUCGGUACUAUAUUAAACAAAUAUUAUUAAAGAAAAUAUUUGCAAUGGUUUAUCAUUGCUUCCAGGUAUACAUUAAAUAAUCUUUAACCGUGGCUGUUCUCGUCUCUACUAUCCUAGAACGUCUUUUUAACAAUUUAAUUACAAAUAACUAUGUUUUUUUUUUUUUUUUCGUAUUUUCUUUAUUUUAUCAUUAUAUUUAGAACUCCUACCCACAGCACAGCCUUUGGUUAUAGUGGGUAGACCAAUACUUUUGUAUUGUUUUUUGAUCAUUAUAGUUUAUUGUUUUUGAUGAAAUAUAUUAUUAUUAUUAUUUACAGAUAAGCAGUAAGUACAUUUAGAACUUCAUAGUGUGUUACUUUUAAAAUUAUUUCUUUAGAAAUUGAAGCACAGGUGUGCAAAUAUUUGUGUUAAUGAUUGAUAUGUUUUAUUCCAGAUCUUAUUCGCUGUUGGCCGUCAAAUUAUACUGAAUCAUGCAUAUAGUACAGUAGGCAAUAUCCAGAAAAACAAUUUAAAAAUAUUAUAAAACAUUUACAUUUAACUUAUUUAUGUAUUUACUAAGUACUAGUUACUAUUUGUUGUUUCGUAAUCGGUUUGUUUUCCAUGUAAAAUGAUUGGCCUUACGACUUAUUAUCUAACCUCUUAUUAAACAGAUUGAAACCAUUUAUUAAAGAAAUUAUUGGAGAAUACCAGGCAGGUUUCAUGGUAGGUAAAUCGACUAUAAAUAAUCAGAUUCAUAUAAUAAAACAGAUUGCAGAAAAAAGCCAUGAAUUUAAUAAAGAUGUACACAUGCUUUUUGUGGACUUUAAAGCAGCAUACGACUCGGUAGAUAGAAAGAAACUGUGGAACGUAAUGUCCCGUUUGGGGAUACCAGAAAAACUUACUAGAAUAAUCAAAGUGUGCGUAUAAGGCUCUAUAUGCAAGGUGAGUUUUGGAAGAACCUACUCAAAUGAAUUCCCAGUGUCGACAGGUCUCAGACAAGGAGACGCAUUGUCACCGGCUUUGUUUAACAUUGCCUUAGAGUCAAUGGUGAGACAAGUUCUUAGUAAGGCAGAAGGAUUAAAACUUAGUGAUGACCAACAGCUCACAAUUGUAGCAUAUGCUGAUGAUCUAGUGAUAAUAACAGAAAAUGAGGAGAGUCUGAAACAAUCCACAAAAGAGCUAAUAAGGGCAGGGAAAGAAAUAGGUCUUAACAUAAAUGGAGAUAAAACAAAAUACCUAAUACUAUCCAGACAACAUCAAACGGCAAGACAAUUAGAAAUAGAAGGUUUCUCAUUUGAAAGAGUAGAACAUUUCAAAUACCUAGGAACUUGGGUGAAUGAAAACNCUAUAGCAUUAUACGCGUGUGAGACGUGGGCAACCACAAAAAUGGAUGAGAAGAAUUUGGGUGUUUUGGAAAGAAAAAUACUUUGGAAAAUGUUUGGACCAAAAAAGAAUAAAAGAGGUGAAUUUGAAAUUAGGAAAAAUGAGGAGUUAAGAGAAUUAUUUGGAUAAGCUCAUAUUAUAGGAAUUAUGAAGAGUAGCAGAAUAAAAUGGGCUGGUCAUGUUUGGAGAUCUGAAGGAGUACUGGGGAGCAUAACAAAAUGGAAACCAAACACAAAACGGCCUCGAGGAAGACCCAGACAACGGUGGGCUGAUAGAGUCAAGGAUGACCUCAGGAUGAUUGGUGUGGAAAAUGCGGAGGAAAUGUCAAGAGACAGGGAAAAGUGGAAGGAUGUUGUUGUUGCGGCAAUGGAUCUUAAUGGUCUUUAA